CCCAACGCAACUGAAUGUCUCAUAGGGGUCACCUUUAAUAGGUUUUAGCCAUGGAUAUUAUUUUCAGACAUCCUAUAUAGACAAACAUUGGACCUUUUAAUCCAUGUCGACGUUUUGCAUGUAAACAAACGCUGGUGCCGAGGGGCGAGGCGAGACUCAGGCGCUGCAUACCCUCCGUUCUCCGCCCCUGCCAGGCCCCAGACAUGAGCCGCAUCCCCAACCCCUUCCUGGGAGGCCACACGCACCAGCCCAAGCAGCCCCAGACGCCCUCCGGCCCGGGCUUCCUCGUCAUGACCCGUCCACCCUCGGGCUCCAAUAGCUAUGGCUGGCGCGGGGCUCGAGGCGGCCACUUCUCCCCCUCACAGCGGCCCUCCCCGAGCCCGUCUGACGGCUUUAUUGCCUUCGGCAGCAAUAAUGGUCAGGACAGCGGCUGGCGCGGGGGUCGUGGCGGCAGGUUCAGCCAGGGGGGUCGUGGCCCGGGCAGCCCCAGGAUGUUCUCCCCGUACCAGCCCUCCCCGGCCCGGAGUGGCGGGGAGUGGUCCAUGGGCAGUCCCGGUCGUAACCAAGGCUUCCCCUUCACCCCCACAAGACAAGGUGGCAACAGGGAUUCGUUUGGUAACCACAGACAGAAUAGGUUGCAUUUCAGUGGUGGUUCGAGGGGUGGGGGUGGGAGAGACCGGGGCCCGAUAAGUGAUAUCCCAAUAGAAAAGUUUGUGUCUCCCAGCAUGGUGAAGGACCCCUGGGCAGAGUUUGACUUGCAAAUCCUCACUCCUGUGACUAAUCCCCUAAGGAGAAGCUUGGCCGUUCCGUCGUUAGAUGAUUCUGAGAUCAUUAUUGAUUCCGACACCAGUGUUGUUGUAGAGAACUCUUACGAGGGCGGUGUGAGUGGCACGGAGGGGGACAGCUCCCCCGUACCAGACACCGGAAGUGACUCACCAUACAUUGCUACGUCUUCUACCUCAGACAAGGAUGGCGGGAGUGACUCCACUGGUGAGGACUAGUACAACCCAUGUACAAAUUUGUUAUUCAAAUAGCUGAUGCUAGCACUUAAAGUUCAACUACAAAUGGUCAACAAAUGUUUUUGAGGAUGCAAAAUUAUAGCAGUGUAUACUUUUCACAUUGAAAUGCAAAGUAUUUUGGUGGGAAGGUAUUUGGUUAGCUACUAAGUAGCACAGAGGUAAUUGUGAUGGCCAUAUUCGGACAUUUUCUAACAGUUUACAUCAUGAUUUUCACUGAUAAAUAAUUUUUUUGUUCAAUUACCAAAAAUGAGAAAAAUAUAUGGGGAGCUGAUUGCAUUUGGGCCAUGUGCAUACAAGUUUGUUCAAAGUAUUAGAGUACAAAACUAAGAACUCAGUGUACAAAGUAUUCAAUCAGCUUAUGAAAUUUAGAUUUCUUACUUUUUUACAAACUUUCGUGGAGUGAAUGACUUGCUUGCUAUAAAUGAAUUAAUUUAAAUGUGUGUUAUGCAGAUGUUGUGAUGCAUUUCCUGACUCAUUCUGACAAGUAGUAAAUACUAACCUCUUUUAUAACUAAGGUGUGUUUUGUUUCCAUGAUGUCAACAUUUUUUUCAAUGUUAAAAUUGAUAAAUUAUUUAUGGUUCUAUAUUUUUAUAUUAUUUUCAGUAGUGCAUUUGGACUCAUUUCAGGUUUAGUGUAUUUUAUUAAAAGACAAUCAUUGUUAUUACCUUAAUCGAUAAAAUCCUUUAUUAUAGACUUGGAAUAUACCAUGUAAUAUUUAUUGUUCUGUCAGUAUUGACAGCUGAAGUUUUAAAAGCUGUGGUAACAAGGCCUUGUAUACCAAUUGCUUGGGUUUUGUUUUGUGAUUAGUUUCAUUCCUUUGUGUAUAGCCCAGUUCAGUAAAUUGUAAACUAUUUGCAGCAUGUAUGGAAAUUGUUAAAU